CUUCCUUCUAGUUCAGUAUGUACAUGUUAGUAAAUUCUAGUUUCCUUUCUUGGUUAUGUUUUGUAUCGAUGGUUACGCCGAGGCUCUCUGGCGUUACUGUUCGGAAGUGAAAAUUUAAUACGUGUUUAUGUUGACGUUCUAUUAUGGAGAAGAAAGUUAAUACUCUGUAUCUUUUCGACACUGAAGGAUGUAUUAUUUCUAGUUUCAAAUUGUGUCGGCGAUACACGUGAUACAUUAAAGAAUAUCAUAUUACAUAACCUUUCUUGGAAAUUGUAUAUUUCGGACAGCUGAUCUUGUUAUGAUCAGCAUGUUAGGCACGCAGGCAUGUUACCGCGACCAACGGAAAAUGGGUCAAGUGAUUGAUCAGAUAAAUAUACUUACCAAUAACUUGGACGAGUUACGUGCAGAAAUUAAUACAUUAAGGACUACCUAUUUAGGAAACGGUCAUGAUGCUUUAUGUGAAAAUGAUUUCAAAUGCAAUAGAGGUGGCGAAAUUAACGUUUUACGCAAAUUUAAGAAAUAUAUGAAGAAAGUGCUAAGCUUGUACUCAUUGGGAAAAGAACAGAAACUCGGUAAAAGUCAAAAGCAUUAUCCAAGCACGAAUAUGCAUCCUCCAUUAUCUUCAUUUUUAAAUUACGUGUUUCGUGCUCGAAGAAAGGGUGAUACGAGGGAAACACCAACGAAGAUUAACUACGUGAAAAAUCAAAGUAAUCAAACGAACGAGAAGCUCGAUGGUUUGGCAUACCAAUGGAUCACGAAAUAUCCAUCCACAUUUAUAGACGUGGAAAAUGUAAAUGAUACCGGUCAUCAUGGCUUUUCGUCUAAAAGACAUGGAAAUGAAGAAUAUAACAAAAUAAUAUUUCCAAGAAAAAAUGAAAAUCUUACACCGAGAUUUUCUGAAAUAAGCUGUGAAUUAGAUUUGCAAGUAGAAAAUCCAACAUAUUUUCCAUCCGUUUCCGAUAUGAAUAUUUUUCCAGAUUCGUAUAUCUCUAAGAACCGCCCACAUGGUAGGGAAGUAUCUUUGCCAAAUAAAGUUAACAACAGACAGUCUGCGACGAAGUCUACGCAAACCAAAGUAACAAAAAUGAGAAGAAAAGCGAGGAAUUUUCAUCCUAGGCAAUCGAAUUUUUGCUUUCCUAGAAUAAAGAAUGCUGUGAUUACGAAAAAGAUUAUAAGAAAUUCGAAUGAGAGCACCUUUACAGUAUGUGGAGAAGUGUGUAAUAUGAAGGAUUAUUCACAUUUUAAGAAAAAUCGUUGCAAACAAUGUUUAUGCAAAAAGAAAAGAAAUAAAUUUACCCAAUGGAUUGGUGAAAAGACAAAUGAACGAAACGUUCAUUUAAAUCAAACUGUGCAAGAGAGAGAAAAUAACUCGUCUGUUAAUAAUGAUAAUGUGUUUCAAACUUCCUUGUCUGUAAAAGAGCCAGAUUUAUCGUCAUCAUCAGGUUCCUUGGAUUUAGAAGUCAAUAUUUCUAGUUGUUCCAGUAAUAUCGACGAAUUUUCAGAACGUAGAAAACCGAGGACAUAUGUAAUACGCCAAAAAGCUCAAAAAUGUAAUGAAGAUAAGUGGUUGAAUAAUUUUGAGAGAAGUGUUGUUUAUGUGGGGCAAAUUUCAGAUUUAACCUUAUCUUCACAUAGUUUUUCUAAUCAAAGUGAUCAUUUUGAUUAA